AUGAAAUAUCCAUGGUCUGCUAGCCGCUCAAACUCAAGUGCCUCCUCUGAUCCAGAGGCAGGAGGCACGCCCCUCGAAGAUAUGCCUCGUCGUUCCACCGAAACGCAACGGCGGAAUGGCUUCCGCCAGUCAACCCAUCCUGACCGCGGAGAACGAAUCCUUGAGGACAUUAGAAAUGGACACUACACCUGUUCAAUCUGCCUCGAUCCCAUCACCCCAGGCAACGCCUACGAAUACAGCAUUUGGCACUGCCCAGAAUGCUACAACGUAAACCACUUCCGCUGCGCCAAAUCUUGGGCUGAAGCUAGCAGCCGCAACGCCAUCCUUUCCGCUCUUCUCGCCCUUGGAAAAUGGAAAUGCCCGAGCUGUGCCGUCGAGUGUCCAGAGCCGAAGGCGCGAUGUUGGUGUCAGAAACAUUCGUUCGGUCUUCUGGGUCCAAUGUCGAGUGAAAGACCGAAUGCGUGUCUUGAUGCUUGCGAUCGAGCUAGUGCUUGUCCACACGGGGAAAGGAAACCUUGUCUCAAGCUGUGCCAUCCUGGACCUUGUAAUGUUCCGUGCUCUCCCUCCUGCGCUGGCCAUCCAGUCACCCCCCCGACUCCCACGGCAUGGAAUCAAUUCUGGACUCGGGCUCGGCAACAAUCGACGGGCUCAUUCAGAGGCCUGAUCUCCCUGUUUGUCAUUUUGGUUAUCGGUUAUGCUUUGAUGGCUAUCUUGUUAUACUUUCAUAUUGGCUGGUGGACGAAACCGUUCAAGUACCCUGAGAUCACCAAGAGCGCCUUGUGCUAUGAAAGGUUGGGUCUCGCGAUAGCGGGGGUGUCGGUUGUUCUGCCUUCUACCUUCAUUAUUUUGUCUACGCUCUUCAAAGGAGCGGCGGACUUCUUCGUCAACACUCUGAACCUCAACUCACGAGAGACGAACCGCGACCUCAAGGGGGUUACCAAGAACUUCGGCGCAAUCUUUCUGUUCUUUAUCUGUGUUGGAAUUUGGAUUCUACCGGUCAUUGGGUUUGCGGGUGGUCCUGAUAUCGCCUGGUACAAUCAGAUGAAAAGUACUUGCAACGGCUUCAACACUAGGGUUGCAAUGUAUACCUCCGGAAAAUUCGAUGUCAAAAGCUUGUCCUCUAACAUCCCAGCUUAUGACAUGUAUCUUGGCUCCCACCUCAAGCCCGUUCUCAAGCCCGUUUUGGGACCAGGUGUAAAGAACAUCGCCAAAGUCAUAAACCACUUCGAAUUCUACCAACGCCUCUCCAUCUCACGCACUACCCCCACGUCCCCCGACGACGAAUUCCAACACCUCGCAAUCGACGUCGACAUCCCAAACAACCUCUACCGGAUCCUGAAGCUCAACACGUCCGACACAGAGAACGAGUACCUCGCCUACAACUACAAGGACUCAGCUACCGAACUGCCCACCUUCCACCCUGUCUCGGAAGCCUUAAUCAGCGUUGGCAGUUUCACGGCAGUCAGUGCCACUCAAAAGCACAUGUUCAUCCCAGAACUCAACAUCGGAAUUGCAAACAUGCAUCAAUUCGUCCACGACUAUGACCAAGAACCCUUCGUGAAAAUCUACCAGAACCUGUCUCCCUACUGGCGUACUUCCAUCGCGGGCGGCCCUCCCACCCUCCUCCCAGCCGAGCAAGACUCAUUCCGCAAAACUCUCAACGAGCCCUGGGAUUCCAAGAACCCCGUCCCGCUAGAUCAUCAACUCAUCAUGCGCACGGCGUCCUUCGGACACGGCAGACAGAGACUGGAUAUGUGUGUCCAGGAAGAUGGAGGUGAGGAAGGAGUCAGUGUUGGUGUGUACGAGGAUCUGUGGGUCCCGUUUGCAAUUAUGGCGGCGUUUAAGCAGAGGAUGUAUGAGCAGAGUUUGGGGGCGGAGAGUUAA